GUAUUUCUUCAGUGGCCCUGACCUUUUCCCCUGGCCGUUCCUUUGUUAGCUGAUCCUAGCGGAACCCUCGGAUUCAGUAAGCUCCCGGUGGUUUUUUGUUUUUUUUUUUCCUUUUUUUUUUUUUCCCCUCUCCCCCAACCCUUGCACUCGUGGGCUGUAGCUAACCCCAGAGAAACAGAAUCCCCCCGCUUCGACUCCCACGUGGUUUUGUUUGCAAAUUGGGAACUCUCACCUCCCCGGCGAGAGGAUACGGGGGAGGGAGAGAGCGUUCCUCGGCCACACUGGACCACAGACGAGGAGACGGAGCGUGGUCUAAGUGACAGCCCGGAAUCUCGACUCAGUCCAUCACAGCCUGCAGAUCCUGAGAGGGGGAAGGAAGGGAGCCCCCGGGCCCUCGAGCCCAGCCCGCUUCUCCUUUGCUGGGGACUUCUCAAAGCCAUCGGUGGGACAGCCCACCAGGCCGGCCCAGGCUCUGCACGACACCUGGGCUAAUCCAUGUAAUAAACAGUCCCUUUAUAUAUUAUGGCUGAACAGGUUCCUGCUUUAGAACCUACACCCGUAAUGAAUGACAUGCCUCUUCCACCUCACAUGGUAAAUGGGGAUAGCAUGCAACAGGUUAUAUUGGUACAGGUCAAUCCUGGAGAAACCUUCACCAUCAGAACUGAGGAUGGACACGUUCAGUGUAUCCAAGGACCAGCUCACGUCCCAAUGAUGUCACUAAAUGGCUCUAUGCCACCGAUAUUUGUUCCUCCUGGUUAUAUGUCUCAGGUGGUGGAAGAAAAUGGAGUUCGAAAAAUUGUAAUUUUGCCACAUUCUACCGAAUACCACCCUUCCAUGCAUCCUCCUCCACAUCUGCAACAUUACAUGCAUCCACAUCCUCCUCUCCUUGCCCAUCCUCCUCAUCCAAUGUACCCCCCAGUUCCAGGAUCAGAAUUGCAUCCACCCCAGUAUAUGCACCAACAUGCAAUGCCGCCACCGCCACCACCACCACCACCACUGCCACAACCACGCAUUUACCAUGAUUAUGAAUCCCGUUCCCAUGGAAGAACGCAUUAUAUUCCUCGUGAUGAAAGAACGGGUAAAAUGCAAGAGCACUUGAAGAAGAGAAUAAAAGACAGACAUGCUAUUGGACAUAACAAUAACAACAACAAAUCUGGCAUCCCGCCUUCUUCGCUAUCUAAAGUUCACAGUUCUUACAAUGCUAAUGUUGAGAAUGGAUAUGGAAAGGGACAUUAUGUUGUAGAAGAACCUGUUAAGCAGAAACAAAGUGGGAAAGCAAAGGACAGCCCAGCAGAAGGUGCAAAAGCUGAAGAACCUCAAAAAGAAAUUAAAGAAUUACAGGACCUCUUUAGCACGGGAAAGCCUAUAGUUUCUAAUAUUCAAGCAAGAUCAGCUGUCCUCUCAUGGAGUCAUCUGGUAAAUUCCCAGAAUGAAGAAAAUGCUAAUCGGCCAGUAUCAUUUACAUUUGAAGUGGCCCUAUCCAACUGUGGUAAAAGUGGAAAAUUUAAAACCAUUUACAUUGGGGAUGAAGUCACAGUCAGCCUACCUGAUCUCCAGCCAGCAACUGAUUAUCACGUGAGAGUUUCAGCAACAUACAGCUCUAUAGAAGAAUCUACUUCUGAAGUGAUUAGUUUUACAACAGAGAGUUGUGAACCAGACCGUCCUGCUGUACCUAAACUAGUCAAUCGAACCAAGAACAGCCUGAUUCUACAAUGGAAGGGAACUAAUGACAAUGGCUCCAAAAUAAUCAGCUUUCUUUUAGAAUGGGAUGAGGGGAAGCCUGGUACCUUCAAAGAAUGCUAUUUUGGUCAUCUUAAACAGUACAAGAUAACCAAGCUGUCCCCUUCCACAAGAUAUUCAUUUAGAUUAGCUGCUAAAAAUAACUUGGGAAUAAGUGAAUUUAGUGAAACUGUUGCCUUCAACACAACAGGAAGUGUCCCUCCAGCACCUCCUCCCCCUCAGCUAAAUCAAGCAGGAAUUACUACUCUGUCACUAGAAUGGGGUCCUCCUGCUGCAGCAGCAACUGGGGAAUCUCACUUGACUUACACACUGGAGAUGGAGGAAGAAGGAUCUGGUCAUGGUUUCAAGGCUAAAUAUAAUGGAGAAGAUCCCUCAUGCACUUUAAAAAAUCUUCGGAGGAGUACUUCCUAUAAAUUUAGGCUCUUUGCCCACAACAGUGAAGGAAAAAGUAACCCAAGUGAAGAAGUAGAAUAUACCACAUAUCCUGAUAAGCCAGGGCCCCCAAGUAAACCAUACACAAAGGGGAAGAUCCGAGCAUACAAUGUGAAAGUCGCAUGGGAUCCACCUAAAGAUAAUGGGGGAGCAGAAAUUUCUAAGUACGUUUUAGAACUUUCUGAAGCACCUAAUGGAAAUACAUGGAAUGUAAUAUAUGAUGGCACUUUGAGAGAACAUGUAUGUGACCAUCUCAGACCUGGUACUUCAUAUAAGUUGAGAGUAUAUUGCGUUGGAAUCGCAGGACAAAGCCAGGCCUCAGAUAUCCUGUCCAUUCACACAUCUGCUGUCCCUCCUGGACCUUGCCGGUCUCCAUACUUGGCUAACAGGGCUAAGCCCAGAGAAAUCAGCCUGCAUUGGGCUCCUCCCGUUGUGAAUGGGGGAGCUGAAAUAAUUGACUAUGUAGUAGACAUGGCCGAGUCCGACCAAGCACAGUGCAGAAGGGUCUACCAAGGCCCAGGCUUGAGGUGCACAGUGAGCAAUCUGCUUCCUGGGAGAACCUACAACUUCUGGAUUAAAGCAGCCAACAAGACAGGGUUUGGACCCUACUCGGCCAAGUCUCAGAUCUCCACAGCCCCAGGACCUCCUGAUCAGUGCGGCAUCCCUCUAUUAACCUGUAAGACUGCUACCAGUGUGGCCGUCAGCUGGGAGGUUCCUAUGUGCAAUGGUGCCGAAAUCUGUGAUUACAGACUGGAGUGGGGCAAACUAGAAGGAUCGAUGCACGUAAUCUACACUGGCCCUUGUUUGAACUAUGAAGUAAAAGGCCUUACUCCAGCUACUACCUAUUUUUGCAGAGUACAGGCUGUGAAUAUGGCUGGAAUUGGCAUGUUUGGGGGAACAGGCAUAGUAACAACACCGGCCUCAGUGCCAGGAGCAAUGGCACUGCCGCGACUACUGGAAGGCAAGAUCCCGCUUCCUUUGGCAUCCACUUGCCUUGCUCUGCAGUGGGAUGAACCCAACUGCCACGGAUCAGAGAUCACUGGAUAUAACAUAGAAUAUGGAGACAGACAGAUUGUAACUGUUGAUAGAGUCACGAGCUAUACCUUAGAAAACCUGCAGCCAGACACUGUGUAUAGAAUUAGAAUUCAAGCUUUCAAUAGUUUGGGACAGAGUCCUUUUAGCCAAUCGAUUAAAGCCAAAACAAAGCCACUACCUCCAGAUCCUCCAGUCCUUGAAUGCGUGUGCUUCAGCUACCAGAGUCUCAAAUUGAAAUGGGGUGAUGGGCCCAACAGAAUUUCACUCUCCAACACCAUACACUUCAACUUGCAAAUGGAAGAUAAGACUGGCAGAUUUGUUACACUUCUCAACGGGCCUUGUCAUACAUACAAAGUUCAAAGAUUGAGUGAAUGUACUACUUAUAACUUUAAAAUACAGGCCUAUAAUGAAUCUGGUGAAGGACCAUUUUCUGAAAUCUAUACCUUCACUACAACCAAAUCUCCACCAGCCCCGCUCAAAGCACCCAAAAUAUCUCAGCUGGGCGAGAAUCUUUGCGAGGUUACUUGGGAUCCUCUACCCCCUAUAAAAGGAGACAGCAUCGUUUACAUUCUCCAGCUCCUCAGCGGGAGAGGAGCCGAUCAGGUAUACAAGGGGCCAGACACCUCCUUCUGUUUCACUAAUUUCCAAACCAACUGUGAAUAUCGAUUCCGGGUAUGUGCCGGCAGACAAUAUCAACAAAACGGAGCGCUCCAGGAACUACUGGGAGCAUACAGUCCCAGUACAGUAUUCGCAUCCGAGAAGAAAGAGAUAGACCCGCCCCAGGAUGACACCACGGCCGAAAUUAAAAACAACAAAAGGUGUUUAACCGAUGACCAGUUUGCUUUCAUCCUGGUCGUAGCUUUUGCGGUCAUCGCCGUUUUGUGUGCCGUUGCCAUUCAGUACUUUCUCAUCAAAUAAAUUAGGUAAAAAUAGGUAGUAGAAUCUGUACAUUUCUGGUUAUUUGGCAAAUUCUGCCUCAGAUCAUAGCUGGAGAUGGUUGUGUGAGAUUCAUGUGUAGAUCUCUUUCUCAAAUGUCACUUAAAAGCUAGAGGUUAUAUGGCCGAAGCCUUCCUUGCCUUGGCUACGUAAUUGGCUUUAAAGUAGUCCUGGAUCUUUUAACCAGGUUUUAUAGUAUGAGAAAAGCAGAAGUACUGCCUUGAUCUGUAACUGCUAAGCCUGGAACAUCCAACUUGCUAGUGAAAUAGAUUUAUGUCGGAGUCCUUUUAAGUACAUUGGAGAAAGUGGUAGGAAUUUUUGGUUUCUUAAAAAAAGAUUUGAUAUAGUUUAGAAUUUGUGAAUUUUCAAUGACAAGUGUUUCUUUUGAGCAUAGUAUUGUUACACAGAACACUUCUAAAUCUUUUACUGAAAAUAUUGCCUGCUUUGAUUUGUGGUUUUGUGAAAUGAAAAACUUUACAAUUUUGUUUUAAUGUGGAAAUUAAUAUCAUUUAAAGUACUACGCGAGGGUACCAAUCAUUUUCAAACUUUCCUUAUGAGACAGACAGAAAUGUACUGUACACCUCAGACUACUUGUAUUCUUCUGAAAUAUUGUCACAUGUGUCUUAUAACCCUCAGUACUGUGAUUUUUCAGAGUAACGUUUGCGGCAUUUGCUAAUCGACCUUGGCCCAGUGCUUCUGACAAAAUGUCUGCAGCGCCUUCUCCUUUGGGGGCGGGGGUGGGAGGGGAGGGUAAGAGAAUGGGCGCAGUCUUUUUAGGAGUACAUUAAUGACAAAUUUACCCUUUGGACUCAAAAGUUGAGCAAAUGAUUUUGUACCAGUCUUGGCCUGAACAGGAUUCACUGUCUGUGUAUGCCCCUCAAACGUAAUUAGAAUGUGGAAUAAUUUAUGUUUUUAGCUAGCAUUUAUAAAGAAUUUUUUAGAGAUCUUCUCUUCAAAAUAAAUAGAUUUGCAUCUUAAUCUGUUACAGUUUGUCAUUAUUAAAUUACUUUGAGGAGUCUGCAGAGAAGACGCUAUGUACUUCAUAUGACUGGUCCUUUUCAAGCCUUUUAACGCAAAUGUUUUUAAAUUGUCUACUUCAAGGAUUAGUUUGUGAAUCUGAAAACCGAAAGCCACAAAUUUUGAAUGUUUUAUGUUUCAAUUAACUUGACGACGAGAUCACAUGUUACAAAUAUUUCCAUAUUCUGUGACAUUUUGUAUCUUUCUGUGUGCAUCGAGAAUCGCACUGGUUUGUAGCAUGUUUUAUAGAAGUAGUGUGCAGAACUUUAAAUCUUUUAAAAGAUAGAAUUCAACAUUUUCAGAAUGUUGCUAAGAUGGCAGCUGUUCUAAACAAUUAAGGUUUGAGAUUAUAAGCAAAGUGUGGAAAAUAUGCCAAAAGUUUCCUGCGAAAAGAGAUUAUGGUGCCGCCCGAAUUAACAUUUUCCAAAAUACAUUCAUUGUGUAUUGUAUUUAUUUUUAAGUCCUGGAAAAUGAAUAUUUGAGUGUAUUAGCAGCAGAACCCAACCAUUUAUUAUACCAUCGACGGCCUUUUCCCCAUAUUCAGUUUUACACAGCUAUUUAGGAUAUUUGAAGAAUUUGUCCUACCUUUUUUUCCUUAAAAAUUAUAAAAUGAUCUGCCUUCGGCAAGUGUCUAAGCCGCCCUAAAAGAAAAAUGAAAAAAAACCUGCAAUGAAAACAGAACCUGCUUAGAGAAAUUUUUUUUUGGAAGGAAGAGAUUUUUAUAGAUUCAAAAUUGGGCUGAGUACAUCCUAAGCAAAAUUCUAACUUCCUAGAAAACAGAUGUUUUAGAAUUGUCUCCGGAAGUAUGUCUCUCAGAACUACAGAAAAAUAGUUGAGUAGAUUUUGCAAUGACAGACGUUCCAAAUUGACAUAUCUCAGUGGUACGGACACACAAGAUCUCUCCUGCUUGUCUAAUUCCCCUCGUAUUGUAAUUGGUUUAAAGUAUCUCAAACUUAUGUCAACACUGCCAUACGCGUGAAGUAAAUUGUAACUAUGAAAUAGAUAAUAUAUUUUAAAUGGCUAAUAAAAAUUAUAAAAAUGAUCCGGGUGUGUUUGCGAUGCCUUUUAUGCUGAAGACUGGUCUUCCUUUAGAUCCUUGGGGUGGCUGUUCUGAACUUACUCUCCUCAAGUCUUCCCAACUCGAUACAUUGAAUCAUACAUGACCUUCCCUCCCUUUCAGUCCACAAGUAUUAAGUC